UCUGCCAACGCAACAUCGAAAUCCCUAGGUAAAAUCGCGAGGAUAGAUCGCCGACUGGAGAAAGUCCACAUGGAAAAAUGGUGGCUGGUCGAGUAGGGUUUGCAUUUCAGCGGACAGUUCAACAACAGUAAAUAUUGAUAUUGCAGUCUACAUACGUUGAAGAUACACACAACGACAAAGUCAACGGAGUCCGUUGUUUUAGGGACCGCUGAUUUUGCAGCUUCCAGCUGGUGCAGCUGGGUGACUUCACACGGACCUGAGUCAGGUGGAGGCGGAGCCACUUAAACCAGAAAUGUCGGAGAAGGUGCAGAAGGCCUUCAGGGUGCAGCUGUCCUCUGUCAUGGACUCCCUGCUCACAGCUGCCGUGUGUGAGAUUGCCAAGAUCUUUGAGGGCAGUCUGAAUGAGCAGCAGGAGGAGUUGACACAGAAAGGAGACGAGAUCUCUGCAUUGAUGGAGAAGCUGAAGCAGGCAGAGAAGAGGUUGAAGGAGGGAGCAAAAGGAGGAGAGGACCCGGACAAUACCUCUGGACAAUACCUCUCUUCCGUGACAGCAAUUUCUGAGAUGGAAGUAUCCGAUUGGUGCGAGCCCCUUCAGUCAGAAGAUUCCUUAAUUCCGCCCUCAAACAUCAAAAAGGAAAAUGAGUGGUCAUGUGUGGACCUGCGACCACUGAGUGUGUCUCUAUGGCGCAUCCCUAACAUCAAAAUAGAGCAGGCUGAAGAUUUUGAUAACCACCUGCUGACUGCUCUAGCCAGGAGUCCUCCACGAAAAGGGUUGGCUGCAGAGUGGUUGUUAAACAGACGGCUAAGAGACUUACCUGAACUGAGUGCGACCGGGUCAGGGUACGGUCAUGUUUCAGUGGGACGCGGUCGGGGCCAGGGGCUGAGGAAGACCCAUGGUCGUCUGCUGCGCAUGUUCGAACAAGAAAACCCGGAACCCCAGAGCAACCCGGAACCCCAGAGCAACAACAUAUCAAACAACAAUGUCUUAAGUCACCACACAAGACAAGGAAAAGAUAGUGACUUACAAAACGAACACAGUGAGGGGAGUCAUGGGAAAAUGAGUGACAUAGUGAAGAAGGUAGGAAGGAGAAGAAAGCAUUUGAAAAUGGAACCCGAUGCGGAUGGACAAGCGGUAAUCAGUGGAACUGACAAGAGUUUCAGAUGCAAAUACUGUGGGAAGGGCUUUGGCCGUGAGUUUGGUCUUUCUGUGCACAUGAGGUCUCAUAAAAAGGUGAAAAUCAAGGGGACAUACAAAUGUCCUAAGUGUUCCAAAAAGUUUCAGUACCCAAGUGAUCUUCGUGUGCACACGCGGAACAUCCACGAGAAGAGCAUACCUUGCUCCAGCGUCAAAGAAAUGUCAGACUCAGUCAAGCACAAUGUGAAACCCCUCUCCCCCAGCAGAGCCACGCCUACUUCCUGUGACAACAAACCUCUCUCUGCCAGCAAGGCUAAACCUCUCUCCCCGAAAGACAAACCUGUGUCCCCAAACAAUAAAGCUGACACACCCAAAGAAAGCGGCACACAUCCAAAAGUGUAUUCUUGUUACGUUUGCCAUAAGAAAUACACUUCUGCACAUUCCCUGCGAGACCAUGGGCGUAUUCACACAGGUGAGAGGCCAUACCCUUGUAACCAGUGUGGACAGAGGUUCCGUGUAAAGCAGUUCCUGAUAUUACACUUGCGUAAAGCCCAUGUGGAUGUGUAUGGGGGUGAGGAGAGCAGCGGAGACCUCUCCUGGACUGCACCUAUUGAGGAACCCAUGGCAAACGGUGCAGAGCAGCAACCAGACGGCCUGUUCCAAUGCACAGUGUGUAAAAUGCUGCUAAAUUCACAGAUUAGCCUCGUUCAACACUUCCGCAUCCAUACAGUUGAGAAACCACUGAGCUGCGAAGUGUGGCAAAACAUUCCGCUACCAUCCCGUCUUGAUCAGCCACUUGAGGUCCACCCACCCGGGAAAGAAGUACUUGUGCCUGAAGUGUGUGAAGCAAUUAGAGACAAUGGCAGAACUUAAGGCAUUUGCAACAAGUUCACCAGUUCAAGAAACAGAACCCGCUGUCCUCGCUGUAGCGGGACUUUCCACAACAGUAAUGACCUUUUAGGAUCCACUAUGAAACUGUCCAUGCCUGAGUAUUCAGUAGGGCCGGGGGUCAACUCCAAUUACAUUCAGGAGAUACAUUUGUUACAGUUUUGUAAUCAUUGACUGAGGGAAAAGGAAUUGACCCCAACCCCGGUGCCCCGUGAACUAACAUGAUGCUGAGAGAGGAUGAAGAAAGAGAACUCAACUUGAUAUGGUGAUCAGUCAGUUGUCUUGUGGGCAGCAGGUUCUCAGCUGAUCACUUUUUUUUUUUUUAAGUCCGUGGUUUAUGACGAUUUUUAUUUUAAAAGUCUUGGGGGUUUUUGUUUGAUGUUUUCUGUUUUUGUUCCAUGUAAAUGUGUCUAUUGAUUUUAUAUUCUGUAUUAUGACAAAUGUAACAUGAAUUGUACUGUAUAUUCCCCCUGUUAAGAAAGUCACAGGGCAGAGAAGACUCAUGUUUAUCUCUUCUGAUGAUAUACAUUUGCUCCAACUGCUUUUUAAAAAAAAACAAAUAAAAUCGGACAUUACCGGA